AUGGCUCAACGUAAUCCUCCCCAGAUAGUAAACCCGGUUCGACCCAACCCGGGUAAUCCAGGACAACCGCCUAACCCUGCACAGCAACCAGCGCAGCAGCCAAACCCUGCUCAGCAGUCGUCCCCAAAUAUAUCCGCUGGAUUUGUACCCUCUCCAACAACUUCUGAGUCGGCUAUCGAUAAGCUAACCGAGGCCGUCAACAAAAUGUUGACCCAACUACAAGACCGACGACCUACCUCCGGAAGUUUUAAUCGAGUAGUUUGUUACAAAUGUGGAAAGACUGGUCAUAUCAGUCGUAAUUGUCGUUCUCCUUCCGUACCAAACGCUCCACCAAAUACGCCCCCAAAUUAUGCGCCAUUAAAUUCAACGUAUAACCCUGGACAAACUCCUAACCCUAUUGUAUAUCCUUACCCUAAUCUAAAUCCCCAACAUGUCCCUAUAUCUACCAGUUCUAACCAUAUUCCCAAUCCUAUUCCUAAUAAUAACAUUACUAAUAAUGUUAAUCCUAACAUGGGUAAUGCUCCGGAAUUACAGCCCCAGGAAGCUUUGCAAGCUUUAUUAGCUAUGGCAGCUAGUUUAAAUCCUUCAUCGACCCAAAAUAAUUCGGAUAAUCAAAACCCAUCAAAUAAUCAAACUACUUUUCUUAAUCUAUUCGAAGAAGACUUACCUUUUUUCACCGUGAAGUCAAAUACGUCUCGGCCUUCAAAACGUCUUCGAGAAGAAGAUGAGUACCUCUCUGAUUUAUCCGAAUCAACUGAAUCUCCAAAUACUUCUGACCCAAUUCUUACUAAAAAACAAAAGUAUGAAAUUAGAUUACCAAAAGAUUGGUCUCUUAAGUCUCUAAUUGGGACAAGUAGUAAUUCCCCUCUUCCAUUACCCAUUGCCGCUAAAUUAGUAAAACCUUUGAGUACCGUUGGGUCGCGUCCUAUUUCCCCGGUUGAUAUUCCCCUUGUUCAUUCUUCUGCACCGAAAGUUGAUCGGGAUAUUAAUAACUGUCAUAGUAUGCACUCUAUAAAAAUAGUCCCUGUAGAAAUUAAUAAUAAUGCCCCACCCAAAACUUCAAUAGUAUCCGAACCUUUUAAGGAAUUGGAACCUUAUGCAUCUCGACUUAAGACCCAGCUAGGCUACUCUUUUAAAACUUUAAAUAAUUUAAGCUUCGCUUCCAGCAGUUCGUCUACCCCCUCACUAAUAGUAAUACCAGAAAAUGUUAUUGUAGAUAUCCUACAACCUUUGUCUUUAAAUUAUAUCCGUAAAGAAAUAUCUUUACCUUCUCCUAAUUUUAAUAACCUUCCUUCAUUGGUCUAUUAUAAGGUACCUACUUCUGAUAGCGAGGUAUCGUUUCCCCUAAAUAGACAUUUAAAUAGUGAUUGUUCAAAUACCCUUUAUACAGUCCAACAAAAUUCUUUAGGUACUGAUAGCCUUACCCGUAACAAUAAAAUAGUAUCUCCAUUUAUUAAGGCCCCAGACGGCAAUCCACCCAUGAUCAUUCUUGAAAAUGAUUCAGAUGAAUCAAGUAAUUCAGAUUUUGAGUGGUAUGCAUCUGCUUGGAAAUAUAGGGUUCCCGAAUACCAAUUUAAUGAGAAUGACUCUGAUGCUGAUGAAAUAAUUGACGAGAUUCAAAGACAAAUUAAAUUAAGAAAGGCAAAACUUAAGUCUCCUUCGGCUAAAUGUUUCUACGAUCUUGCUGGAAAUGCCUAUCUCCAAGAAAAAGAUAUAAAGCCCGAUCUUCGUGGGUACAUUUCUAUUAGGCCUACCAAAGAAGAAUAUAAUCCUAUUAGGGAUAUAUUUGAUUAUUACUUUGGGGAGGGUAUUAGUAGUAGGAAAAAUGAUUUUAAUAUAGGUAAUCUAGAAGAAGAACAAUAUAGGUUGCUCCAAAGUUUUUUAGAACAAAAUUCAACUUUGUUUACAUGGGAAGGUCAUAGAUUAGGGCGUACCAACUUAGUUAAACACUCUAUUAAUGCUGGAAACGCUUUACCGAUAAAACAUCAUCCUUAUCGACAUUCACCCGCUGAAAAGAAAAUAAUUAGGACUGAAAUUGAUCGCAUGAUUAAAGAAGUAAAAACAUUUUUCGAAUUAGACCACAUUAGUGAAUAUGGAUCCUGA